CCGAUAGCGAGUUCUCCAAAUCCGGAUGUAAAUUGUGUUCAUGGAAUUACAAAACUCAAGAUAUAUUCAUUCCGCAGGUGAAUGCCGAAAUGUCAAAACACAUCUUGGUAGCAGCGAUCGAUUUCGGGACAACGUACUCCAGCUGGGCAUUCUCGUUCAAGUAUGAGUAUGACACCGACCCGACGCAAGUAUCCGCCAAGCAAUGGCAAGGACACGAGUCGCAAAAAGGCCCUACUUGUGUCCUGAUCAAGCCCGAUGGGAAAACAUUACAUUCGUUCGGUUUUGAUGCUGAAACGAAAUACGCAGAACUUAUUGAAGAAGACGAACAUAACAAUUGGUACUUCUUUAAAAGGUUUAAAAUGAUGUUAUGGAAACAGAAACUUAUUCGUAAUUCGUUACUGGAAGAUGAAAACGGUCGGAAAUUAAUGACAAGGACCGUUUUUGCGUUGUCCAUAAAGUAUCUGAAGGAUGAUUUAUUGUCUGUGUCUAAGGACCGAAUAGCGGACGCCGUGUUACAAAACGAAAUACACUGGGUUUUGACUGUCCCGGCCAUAUGGGACAAUGCAGCUAAACAGUUCAUGCGGGAAGCUGCCGAAGAGGCGGGAAUGGAAUCGGGUAUGCUGUCUAUUGCGCUUGAGCCGGAAGCUGCUUCACUUUUCUGUCGACAUCUUCCUGUUGAAAGGAGUGGAUGUCAAUUAUCUUUGGGGUCGUUGCGAGCAGGAAAACAGUAUCUUGUACUUGAUGCUGGAGGUGGAACUGUCGACAUAACGGUUCACGAAGUUAUGCCAUCCGGCGACGUCAAAGAGCUGUACAAGGCGAGUGGUGGCGCAUGGGGUGGAACAAAAGUUGAUGAUUCUUUUGAGGAAUUCCUAGCUUGUUUGACAGAAAAAACUGUCCUUAAAAAAUUCAAAGAAGACCACUUGGAUGAUUACCUAGAUCUAUUUCGACGAUUCGAGGUUAAGAAGAGAAACAUUGACCCGGACAAGGAUUCAAAAGUCGUCAUGAGCAUGCCGCUUGCCUUUUUCACAACUGUCAAAGACCUUCUUAACAAAGAGUUCAAUGAAGUUGUGAAACAUUCAUCCUACUCGAAACUGGUUUCCCUAGCUGGAGAUAAAUUGAAAAUGGACCCAGCAGUUGCACGAAACUUCUUCAAAAACUCGAUCGAUAGCACGAUAGAGCAUGUGAAAGAUGUUUUGCAAAAACGAGAAAACAGAGGCGUCGAAGCAAUCUUGAUGGUUGGAGGGUUUUCAGAGUCGAAAAUGCUCAACAAGGCAGUUAGACAAGCAUUCCCUGGAUUAAAGAUGAUCAUUCCUAAUGAAGCUGGUCUGGCAGUUCUUAAGGGGGCCGUGGUGUUUGGACAUGAGCCGAGAGGAAUUACCGAGCGAAUAAGCAAAUAUACGUAUGGAAUUGCAAUGACUGGUGUUUUUGACUCUAGCAAGCAUCCCGAAUCAGCGAAGUUCACUGACACUGAAGGUGUUGAUAGAUGUAAGGACUUAUUUGAUACGCAUGUAUUCGCUGGACAGGCGCUGCAAGUCGGAGAGGCCCAGUCUGAAAUAGCAUACGCUACAAGACUAAGCGACACGACAGCUUUUAAAGUUGAGGUAUUCGCUACCAAAAGUAAAACUCCAGUUUUUGUUACUGAUCCUGGAUGCCGAAAGCUUGGUAAAUACGACAUUCCAAUGGCUGGUACUGGAGGAGGGCGCGAGGUUUUAGUACAAAUGACUUUUAGUGGAACGGAAAUAGACGUCGAAUGUACCGAGAAAGCCACUGGCAAAGUAUCGCAUAUUCCGAUAGACUUUUUGUUGUAGAUAUGUAUGACGAUGAGCUUGUUAUGAUUUACUGUACACAUUACAUAAACAUGCACUAUAGGAUCACAUGAUCAAAACCUGUUGCUUUCGUAAAUGUACACAGCAACAGACAAGCAUUUUUUUCUAAGCACUAGAAUGGUAUAAUGCCUUAAGUGUGUUUGGAAACCAUUGCAUGAGUAAGAAAUAUAUUGAGUGGAUUCAAGGCAAGCAAUGUAACAUUUUUCGAAGCAUUUGCAGUGUUUAAGAAGCUAUGCGUUGAAAUAUUUGAUUCCCAAAUGUUAAAUCAGACCUCUUUGUGCUGAACGAUUCGUGAUUUAAUCUUAUCAUAUUGCCACUGAAAGCAAACUACAUUGUCAAUAUUUGAUUUUAUUUGGCUAUUGAGUCUGUCACAGUUAUGAUUUAAUAUACUAUGUUUAUCUUGUAGCCGGCUCUCUUUUCAUUUAAUGCACUCCAUAAUGGCUGCUAUUUCGUUUAACCAGAGUAUAUACGUAUGCAUGUCAAAAUAAUAAAAUUAUGCUGUUUAAUGUUGAGGUUUCACGUGUUUGUUCUUUAGCAUGUCUAUCUGCCAGUUAAGCACUUUUUUAGAAGCGUUCGUGUUUUUUUUCAUAAUGCCUGUAAGUAGUAAAACCAUAAAGUUGACUGAUUG